AUGAAUAAUUAUCAUUAUUUAUUCAAGUUCAUUAUUGUGGGAGAUUCAAGUAAUUGAAUUACUUAGGUUAGCUGUUGGAAAGAGUUGCUUAUUGUUGCAGUAUACAGAAGGCAGAUUCCAAGUGGGAUAUGAUACUACCAUUGGUGUAGAAUAUGGAUCUAAAGAAUUCAUCUAUGAUGAUAAACUCAUCAAGUUAUAACUGUGGGAUACGGUAUAAUUUAAUUCUAUUCAGGCAGGCUAAGAGUCCUUUCGUUCUAUAACUAGAGCAUAUUACAGGGGGUAUUUAAGUGCUAUUAAUAUGUUUAGAUCUAUUGGUUGUUUCUUGGUCUAUGAUAUUUCGAGGAGAAUAACAUUCGAUAGAAUUUAAACAUGGGUAAAGGAAGUGUAAUAAGACACCAAUAAUCAAAUUGAAUUUUUUUUGGUAGGCAACAAAUGUGAUUUAAAAGAUCGAAAGGUUAGUUAUGAUGAAGGGAGACAAUUGUCAAUACAAUUAGGGUGUGAAUUCUAGGAGACAUCGGCCAAAACUGGAGAAAAUGUAGAAUUUAUAUUUGAAACUUUAACUAAAAAAAUUUAUGAGAACAUUAAAUCAAAUAAGAUUGAUCCUCUUGAUCCCAAUCACGGAAUAAAAAUAGGAAAGAUUCGAGAAAACGAAAAGGUUACAGAAAUUCCUAACUAAAAAUAAAGAAGUGCUUGUUGUUGA